GAUAUUUGAUUUAUUACCCCACUAAUAAGAAGCAUAGUACGUUUUUAUGCAGUGAUUUGUAAACUUUAUAACCCUUCAUCACACAUGCUCGUAACUUGGUUUUAUAAUAGCGGGUUCAGUGGGAUCAAUUAUUUAAUUUAGGGCAUAGAUGCAAUGAUAAAAAAGUAGUGGGGUGAAUUUGUAAUUUCUUAACACUAAUAGAGAACAAAUACUGACGCCACAUCGAGUAGCCACCGGAAUUAACUAUUGGGAAAAUGGACGCCGGAGCUGAAACUGAAGUGGAUCCACCGGUGGAUGGAGAUUCUUCGGCGGCGGAAACGGUGGAUACCUCGCCGUUGAAUCAAGGGGAGAUUCUGAGAACACUUGCCACGGUGGAGAAGGAUUCGCAGGCAAUCGCGGAGAGCUUCUCGUCUCUCUUCGUUUCCCUCCGAUCAACUCUCUCUGAGGCUACUGGAAGCUCAGUUGAUCACAUGACUUGCUUCGGAGAUGCAGCUGGACGCCUUCAGGAAACAGCUCUAGAUGCAUCCACUAAAGGGAACCGUUACAUCAACUCUUGCCUCAGAUUAAACGAGGAAAUUAAAGGAGUUGAGACUCUGGCGGCUCGGUUAAAGCACCUGAGGAGAAAUGUGGAUGUUCUUGACACGGCUGUGAACAAGCUUCUCCGUCCUCCUUGACAAGUCAUUAUUAGCUUUCAUGGACUUGGAUCAAUUAUCUCUCGUAUAUAAAGGUUUUGAUUAUAACUGAUGUUUUUCUUCUUCUUUUGUGACGCAAUGUUUUGUGGUGAAACGUUUUUUUACUCUCUUAUGUUGACAAGCAAUACGGUCUCUUCAUUUGAGUUUUGAUUAUUCAUUUGUCCAAAUAAUUUAAGAAAUUGUUAUGGUUACUUUAUUUAUUUCA